UGCUGGUGGAUUCAGUCAUGGAGGAGGCGGUCUGUCCAAAACACAGACACCCCGCCCCUGCGCUCCUCCCAUUGGUGGAGCAGGCUGCCAGAGCCGGAGAGUCCUAAUCGGUGGGAGGGGGCGUCCGGUGAUUGGUUGCCGGGAUUGGUGUGUGCUUGCUGGGUUAGCUUGUCCGUUUGAAAGUGCUGGAGGACUGGAUCAUUUCCAUGGACCAUCUGUCUCUGCCCACACAACAAAGAAGGACCCAGGAUGGUGUUAGUUCAUGUUGGAUAUCUGGUUCUCCCCGUCUUCGGCUCAGUUAGAAAUAGAGUAUCGAGGCUGGCUCUACAUUCCGCAUUUCUCAGACCUUUGUCCCCCUCCAUUGUGUAGCUAACGAUCAUCUGCUGCUGUCUGCCGUAGCCUCUGCCUGUUCUCUGCAUCUAGCUGUAUUGUGAACCCCUUCUUCCUCAUUUCCUCUUUCCAUCUGAAGACGACAUUUGGCAUUAAAACCGAGUUCCCACUCAUACCGUAUCCUUCUGUGUAACAGACUAAAGAAUAACACCUUCUGUAGGAAACAGUUUGUCUUUAUUUAAACCUGUCAUGUUGCUCUCCAGUGAAUAACCCAUUGUAGCAUUAGCCUUUACUACAACAAACUGUCAUUGUGAUUCUCCCAUUCAGUGUGGAUAGACUACAUUCUGCUGUAAAUUUCUGUAAAGUGGAUACAUUUUGAUCCUCCCCCCGAUUCGAUUACAGCCAGGCUUGAUCGAAAUCCCCCUAGGUGCAUAGUACCAGCUUUUGUAAUCUUUAAAGCACCUUGACAAAUAAUCCCGUUAUCCUAACAAUCACCAAUUGGCCGAAACCUGCUGUGGUAAAAAUCACAGCAGUUUGUGUGAUGUUAUUCUCACCUUUUUUAUGCGGUCCACUGCACCUGGUCUAGUGGUCAUAAACCUCCCCAUGUGUGAAAGCCUUUGUUCCUGCUUGGUUAAUGGAUUUCAGCCACAAUAAUCUUGGCGAGACUAACUCACCUUGCCAUUAAAAAACAAAAAAAAAGACAACCCCCCCCCCCACCCACUAUCACUCACAGUCUCCCCUCCAGAAUGCUAUCCAUUUUACAGGGAUGUGUAUAUCCUGCACUGCUGUAGAACUCCUUUUAGAAUGAAAAUGUCUUUUUAUUCUUUGGUUGUGGUUUUUUCUACCUUAUGUUCUUGUAUUAGAUCCUAAUGCAUGUUCAUUUCUUUAUACUUUUUGUUUUUCCACAUUGAACAGCAGAUUCCAAUGUAAACUUUGUGUAGAGAUGUCCCUGCUAUACUGAAAUGUGCUGUAAGCAUACACAUCUACUCAUUGGAUGCUGCUUCUGUUCUGUUAACCCUACAGAGAGCAUGGUCGGGCCUUGCCUUUGGUCUUUAUUUGCAUGAUAUUAUUCUUAUGGUUAUAAAGGAAAUAUUACUCUUAUCAUUACUAUUAUCACACAGUGCCACACUUACUAAUAUUUUCCAAUAAAGACUGUAGUUUUCUUUCUAACCUUCAGUGUGCUUUUUGCUGAUUUCCAUGUGUGCCUCCUUCCCUCCCCCCCCCUCCACACUGUGCUGUCACUGAGACGGUCCCUCACUCUCUAUGUGCUCUCAUUUCGAGUUUCUUCAACUUACUGCUCUGGUUGGCAACCAAAUUUUCUACCCUCCAUUCUCCAAACAAAACGCAACCAAAACCAAACGCAUGUUGUUACUGAAACACACCGGCUUUGAUAUGUAAUGUUACACGCUGUCAUUCCCUCCUAAUCCAUACACUCUUUAUAAACGAGACACAGCCUCCCUCACAUCCUCUCAUUGGUGUUCACUGGUGAUCAGAUAACAUUGGAACUACUGAUAUGGAUCAAAUCAUCUUCCUGGGAGCUCACUUCACCCGGCAUCAGCACAGCCAUGCUACCUCCUGCCGACACUUUCACCUGGGCGCUCCUCAGGCCCCCCUCUCAGCAGAGUUUCCUCUGGGACCCCAGCCCCCUCAGAGCGGCCUGGCCCCCCACCUGCCCCCGGCCCAGCACCACCCGGCACCCCUCACGGCCCUCCCUGCACCCCCGCAGUUCCAGGAUGUGCCGGGCCCUCCAUUCCUACCUCAGGCUUUACACCAGCAAUACCUCAUCCAGCAGCAGCUCCUGGAGGCGCAGCACCGCAGGAUCCUCCCACACUCCAGAAGAACCCAGGAGCGUCUCCCCCUGAACCCCCACAGACUGCGCUCAGGCUACGAGUUCUCCCCCCUCCACGUCCCCCAGCCAAUCACGCAGCAGCAGCAGCAGCAGCAGCAGCAGCGGUACCUGGCCGAGGGCACCGACUGGGAUCUCAGCGUUGACGCCGCUAUCCCCCCCCCUCAGUACCAGCUCCAGCAGCUGCCGCAACACUAUCAGCAUUACCUGGCCUCCCCCCGGAUGCACCACUUUCCAAGGAACACUUCCUCUGCACAAGUGGUUGUGCAUGAAAUCAGAAACUACCCGUACCCCCAGCUGCACCUGCUGGCUCUGCAGAGUCUCAAUCCUUCCAGGCACGCCACCGCGGUGCGAGAAAGUUACGAGGAGCUGUUGCAGUUGGAGGACCGGCUGGGCAGUGUGAAUAGAGGAGCCGUUCAGACCACCAUUGAGAGGUUCACCUUCCCUCACAAAUACAAGAAGAGGAAGCCCCAGCACCUGAAGAUUGGAGAGGAGGAGGAGACAGAUGUGGACGAGAAAUGCACCAUCUGUCUGUCCAUGCUGGAGGACUCGGAGGACGUCAGGAGAUUACCCUGCAUGCACCUCUUCCACCAGGGCUGUGUGGACCAAUGGCUGGCCACCAGCAGGAAGUGUCCCAUCUGUCGGGUGGACAUCGAAACACAGCUGAACCCUGACAGCUGAUGAGAUUUAACUCCCCCCCCUCACCCUCCUCUCUUUGUCAAUCACCCUGGUGUGGUUCCUGCUUUCUUCCACCUCGGCUUGCCGGCCCUCCCCCUUCCUCCUUUCACUCUCCCACCCCUCUGUUGGGUGCUUUGCCAAAUGUCUCCAGACCCUUCUGACUCACGCUUCACUGAGCCAAGCCAGGAUCACUAACUGCACGACAGGCCGCGAAGGACACUCUCUAUAUAGAAGCACAUCCCUCUGGAGGCAACACACACACACACACACACACACACACACACACACACACACACACACACACACACACACACACACACACACACACGUACACAGGGUUUACUUGUAGCUUGCUGGUUGUCAGUGGGGUGUUGUUGCUGUUGUGGUGUCGUACUGUAGGUAGCCGCCGGGCUGUGUAGCAUGUCCUAAAGCCAUGACUAACUUAAUGUCCUGCGAGUGGAAACACACAACCCCUCAGAGCUGGCUACUCUCUCUCUCUCUCCUGUCUCUCUUUCUAUAUAUAUAUUAUAUAAACAUAUAUAUUUCUCUCUUUUCAAACACAAUCAAAGUGAAUAUUCUGCCACACAAAGCUUAACAGAUGCUCUGAUGAUGCCAUGUUUACCUGAAGAUCAUGUGUGGUCGUAGUAGAGUAGCAGUAAGCAGUGUCGUGGGGGGGGGGGGGGCAGCGAGCAGCAGCUAGUUUUUAAUCCUAUCAUGCAGCUUUGACAUUUUGCAAUACAGAUGUACAUUUACCUUGGGUUGGUGUCGUGAGAGUAGGACUCUUUCACUGAAACCGAGCCGGGUGAUCGAGUCGUCGUGUUUUAAAAAAAGACAAAACUAAAAAAAGGUAGAAAGUGUUUUUACCAAAAUGCAUUUUGUCGGUGUAGCUUGAGCCUGAGAUUUAAUUGUGUGUGUGUGCCCUAAAGAGUGUGUCUGCGUGGAUGUUUAACGUGUGUGUGUUUAAGGGUUCGAGGCUCGCUGUUGGUUAACAGCAGUGCUUAUACAACACAAAGCCAAAAAAAAAGGGAUGAAAAAAAGGAGAGGAGGAGGAGGAAGCUGCUCUUGAAUCUCCAGUCAGUGGCAGAUUCUAAAAAAGCAUGCCUCAUCGUGGAUUCAGGCUUCGGUAGCGCUUCUGUGGUUGAAACCGGUACAGGGACGGUUGUGCAUGACGGUAAUCUGAGCUGUGACUAUCUUCUCAACACUAACCAGGAGUCAGCGGCGUCUCCCCUGACGUGUAGCGCGUGUUCAUCCUCCGGAGGCGUCCACGGGAUCCUCUGUUUAAUGUUUACCUUAUUGCCUAAAGAACAAGCACACGUGACAAUAGUUAUUAUAGCAACAACAAGGGUUUUGUUUUCCUCGGUCUUGCAUCCGGUUUAUAUUUAGGAUAUAGAUUCAUGCAGUGUUUUUUCGGCGGAGGAGAGAGGAGCUUGCGUAUUGAUCGUGUGUAUUUGUGUGACAGACCUCCCCUCGUGGUUGCUAUGCUGGUUGCUAUGCUGUAUUGCUAGAACAUGUAGAACGUGGUGCGACGGAGGCAGCCCCCCCCCCCUCCCCUCGCAGUGCACACACACACACACACACACACACACAGACAGCAGGAACAAAAACUCAAAUGACCCUCACUGUCCUUCACUGUGUUGUGAAGUAAAACACAGGCUGCGUUCCAAACCACUCAUCCUGCAUUACGUCUGCAGGCAGCAUGCAUCACGCUCAGACCACUACUGCUGCGUCCUUGCAUGACCCCUCAACCCUCUUGCAUAUGUAUCUGCUGCAAAGGAUUGUGGGUCAGAAAAGCCAGGAGAGCACGCUGCAAAAAUGCAACCAUGCAAAAGGACAUCCUGGUGUUUUUGCAGUGGUGGAAAGUACAUUUACUCGAGUACCAUACUUAAGUGUUUACCAUUUUACUUUUACUCCACUACAUCUUUUUAAUGCACUACUUGUAUUCCACACUCACAGGUAUUUCUAGAAAUACAAACACAUACUAUGCUUUAAUGAUAUUAUGCAGUACUGUACUACUACACAGUAUUUUACAGUAUGAAAGGAUGUCUUCAUUUCUGGGUCCAUUACAUGUAUUCCUAUGAAUGUUUAAGUACCUCUACUUAACGAGGACUUUUGCUUGUAAUGGAGUCAUUUAAGACCAACGCAUUCAUUAUUUUACCUGAAUAAGUACUUCUUCCACCACUGCAUUUGACAGCACGUGUUGGGACAUACUUAGAAAAGGAUGUGGUAGUUUUGGAACGCAGGGACAGUGUCUCUAGCCUCGUUAAGGCUAACCUAAUAACCUCGUUAGGGAUCAAUUAACCCCGUGUUGUGCACUGCGACGCUGCCUCCUGUAGUGGAGUCAUCUGUGAUGAAGUUUUCAUAGUUUACACAGGGUGUUGUCAGUUGAGAUGCCUUAAGUAUUUAACAAUCAUAAUUUAUUACUAACUGUAGAUAUUGUGGGUAUGUAUUUAAUUUUAUAUAGUUUUUUGGGGGAGAAGAUGGGUGGGUGUGGGGUGACUGAAUCAUAAUUUAUUUAUUUAGAAAUAACACAAAAAUGCUAUGAAAAAAAACUAUUACCUCAUUUUGCAUUGUUUUAAAUGGGAAUGCUUUGCAUGCAGUUGUACUUUUCGGGACACUAAAAAAAAAGAAGCAGUUUGACCUCCACAAGCUGGCUGUGCGAUGUUUACUGUCUGAGCUCCUGAGCCUCCCACCUGUCUCUCUCUCUCUGUCUCCCCCCCUCCCCCCUCUCUCAUGUGGUGCUGUGGAUCUUGGUUACAUUCCAUUCAAUGCAAUUUCUCUGAUCCCCCAUGCUGUGAUGUAGUGGACAAACUGCAAUGAAGUGAUUCUUUUUUUUGCACUCGUUUUAAAUAUGGGAACCCUCUCACUGGCAACAAAAAACCCAGAUAAUUUAAUAUUAUCACUAAGAAAACGUUGGCUUUGAUUUUUACGCUCUGCUUCUCACAAUGCACUAUGGGUCUUAAUAACGAUCAUCUGUGAAGCAUGUUCCUUCUUUUUGAGUUUGUAGACAUAACAAGUGCCUCGCUUUAACGUGUUUCCAUGCCACUGAAACCAUCAAUCAAUCCGUGAAGCCACCAUGCCUUACUGGUUGUGGUGAAGGAGCAACAUUAGACAGUUUCAAGCCAUUUUUCCUCAAAAUUACUGUCCGAACUAGCUGCUGGUUAUUAGAAGAGGAGCGUUAUUUAUUGGAGGCAUGUUUCACUGUGGGCUUUACAUCGACUUCCUAUUUUUAUUUUACCGUCCAUCUCUCUCUCUCUCUCUCAGACUCUAUCCUCCGGGCAAGGAUUUAAAAGCACAACCUUUUUCUAUAAAUGCAUGUUUUCUCAGGUCUCAAUAUAGUCUCAAUGGUUUAAUAGUGAAAAUAUAUACAAAGAAUAUAACAGGAACAAAAACAAAAGAGAGGAUAUCCCAAAAAGUGCCAGUGAAAGGGCUGCCGCCAUCCUGUAUGAACUCUGCUGUUUAGCUGUGACUGCGCAAUGUUUUUCAAUAUAGGAUAUUUUAUCUGAAUAUAGAACUAUUUAUCAUUAAUAUUAAAGCAAUAGCGCAUUAAUGGAGACGAGUGUGUUGAAGAAGUGGAUGAGCAUAUUAUGCGUACAUGUUGGAUUCACAUGUGGUGGAAUUUUGUACUUUAUUUAUUAUUAAUACUAAUAAUAAUGAUUUCAAGAGUCGCAUUGCUAAACCCAAACCGUUCUGUUUUUUAAUUUGAAUUUGAUUUCAUGGCUUGUAUAUUAUCCUUUUGUAUGUGCUCUUUUUGUAAUAAAUUGGAUAAAAUUGA